AUGAAGAAUUUGCGCAUUGUCUCGUCCUCACUGCGUCCUCGACAGGCAUAUCGUCGUCCCUUUUCCUCCGUGGCAGCAGCGGUAGAAGACCCUCCUAAUAAAUCUCCCAUUUAUGUGGCGGCUACCCGACAACAUGUGGGCAAGACGACGACUUCGUUGGCCAUUAUGAGUGGCCUGCAAAAACGAUUCGAUCGAGUGGGAUUCAUCAAGCCUGUCGGACAAGUCUGCUUAACGGUACAAGAUGAAUGGGGCAAUGAUAUUGACGUGGAUAAAGACGUGGUGGUGGUCCGAAACCAUUUUGGAUUGGAUCACUGUCCCUACCAACACAUGAGUCCAGUGAGAAUCCCACCCGGUUAUACCAGAGAUUAUGUCGAUGGGCACAUUACAUCAUCGUCUCAACACGAAGAUAUCCUGGAAUCCUUUGAAGUGAUUGACAGUGUCUCGGAUGUGACGCUCUGCGAGGGAACUGGGCACUGUGCAGUGGGUAGCAUUGUCGGUGCCUCCAAUGCCCGUGUAGCUAGUUGGAUUGGAGGAAAAAUGAUUCUGGUAGCCAACGGAGGACUCGGUUCUACAUUUGAUGAACUGGAACUCAACCGAGUUCUUUGUGACUACCACAAUGUUGAAGUGGCGGGAGUUAUUGUCAACAAAGUUCAGCACGACAAGUACGAACAAACACAAUAUUACAUUGAAAAGGCUCUGGAGACGAAUUGGGGCAUCCCACUGCUCGGGUGUAUCCCGGAUCGACCCUUCUUGGGAUGCCCUGCUUUGGUCGACCUAGAGAGAUUAUUCGAGGGAUCCUUCCUCCUGGCCACCAAGGAAUGCCAAAAGCUAAAGCACUACAGCGUUCGGGACAUUAACUUGGUGGCAACGUCUCUGGCUGUCUUUUUGCGCAAUCUCAGAAGCAACCAAGAUCGCACCCUGUACCUCUGCCACAGUUCCCGUGUCGACAUUAUGUUGGGAUUCCUCAUGGAGUAUCAACGAACCAAGGCACUUGGAAAGCCGUGGGAAGCAGCUCUCGUGGUUUGUGGAAGAGAAGAGUAUGAACUGCCGGACAAUGUCAUGGACAUGUACCUGAAAUGUGAAGCUCCACCCAUGUUGGUUUGUCGAGAAGGGACCAAAGCCACUAUGGAACGCAUCAUGGCUUACACACCGAAACACAACAAUGAAGACACGCACCGUUUGGAAAUCGCUGUCAACCACUAUGAACCAUUCAUUGACUUUGACCUCCUGUUGGAGCGAACAGGAAAUGCUAUUCCAGCGGCCAAGAGCGCCAGUGCUUAA